GCGCCGGCCGCGACGCACAGUGCGCAACGUCCUCUACCCCUCCUAUAUAACCUUCCGACACGCGCGACCACAACUUAGAAUUCCGAUAAAGUUUUCAUGUCUUUGAUUAAUUCAUAAAUAAUCAUGAAGACUUAUUUAACGUGCAUUUGGAACUGAAUUUCUUUAAUAAUUAUUUGAUUGAAAUAUUCAGUGAAUGAAGCAGUGAGUGAAAAUACAAGAGCCGCGCAGAUUUUCCGCCCUAUGAUGUCGCGUCACGUGUUGCUCUCACGACUGGCGGAGCAGUUCCAACCAUCGUCGCCGCCGCCGGCUCAUCGCUUUCCAUCACCAGACCGCAGCGUCUCCCCACAUUCCCUUCCGUCCUCUCGAUCACCUCCACACUCACCGGACUCCUUGACACAACAACGAUUGGAUCUCUUACAACUAGGAGACAUUGAAAUCGCUGGUAGAACCCUUAAACAGUAUGGUCUCGGUGCACUAAUGUACUGCAGCAGUUUGGGCGCUCUCUACGGCGGCGCCGGUGUGUGGCCUCUCCUAUUACCACGGACUUCACCACAAUUCCCGGCUGCACCAUUCGAUCACGCCAGACAGACUCCACCCAGAGAUGAUGACGAGGAGGAGCUGCCAUUGAAUUUAUCGACCAAGAACCGACAGAUAUGGUCGCCAGGCAGCGCGUGUGAGCGUGAACACGUGGAGGUAGAAGACGAAUCACCACCUUCGCGAUGGGCACUCGAGCUUAGCCUAGAAGACUCAGACACACCUUUGGAACUCGUAAAGAGAUGCCGCAGUACCCCUGAUGUAGAUGAGAAUGAUUCCAAUACUGAACCAUUGCGGUGUCCAUCAGCCCCUGUACACCACACGUAUCCGAUGCCGCCUCCGUCUUCAGGAGACAUUAACUUCUCGAUGCUACUCAAGAAUGAAAAUAGAAAUGAAAAAUCAUUCCAGUGCAAACAGUGUGGCAAAUGUUUUAAGCGCUCCAGCACUCUGUCGACACAUCUACUGAUCCAUUCGGAUACCAGGCCAUAUCCGUGUCAAUAUUGCGGAAAACGUUUUCAUCAGAAGUCUGAUAUGAAGAAACACACAUAUAUACAUACAGGAGAGAAGCCGCAUAAAUGCGUAGUGUGUUCAAAGGCAUUCAGUCAGAGCUCAAAUCUUAUCACACAUAUGCGCAAACACACUGGGUACAAACCGUUCUCUUGUGGACUUUGUGACAAAGCGUUCCAGAGGAAGGUAGAUCUUCGCAGACAUAGAGACUCGCAGCACUCUAACGUACCCGAGCCGACUAAUAUCACUUUACCCCAGCGUUAUAGAUUUUAUGAUGAAUCACCAACACCCUUGUCUCCACUUAUAACUAAUUAAUCUGGUUUUUUUAAAAAGAAAACAUAAUUCCAAAUUAUCUGUAUAUUUUCAUUAUACGACAUGAGUUUUGUCAGCUGUGUGUGAUAUGGAUUCAUAUAAAUACGAAGGUCGCUAUGAAGAUAGUCACAUACAUUUGUUGCAAUUAAUACAUCAGGUAACUUGCAUUUGAAAAUGUUAAUAGGAACCACGAGUCAUAGACGUAUGAAUGUGUUUUAUAAUUUAUGAAUUUGUUUGUUGAUAGGUAACCAAUUUAUCUGUCAGUAGCAUUGUUUGUAUGGAAGAUAUUAUUGACCAGUUAAAUUCAAUCUAGCUUACGAAAGUAGCCAAAGAUUUAAAUGACCCAAGUAAACAAGCUCCAUCCAGAUAACCAUUAUUGUGAAAUUUGUAUGAGUCUAGGUAUUAAUUGAAGAUGGCGGGUAGAAAUUAUAAUUUCUUAGAAAACUUUCCUACUAACAAAAAUAAGGUAAACAUUAUUAGAAAAGUAUUGAAAAUGAAAAGAUACGCCUAGACCAUAAUUACAUAAUUAGCAAUAUUUGUUACUUUUUAGUGCCUUAAAGUUAUCCUGUGAAACGGCCAUAACAACGUAUUGAUGUCAUAUUUACCAUAUUAAUUGAAGACAAUACGUCGUAAAUAUUUUUUGUAUUUAUAAUUAUACACAAUAUAAUAAUCUAUAUUCCAAAAUAAACAAAUCCGUCCAUUGGUAUAGUGAUAAAAUGUGUAAAGUAAUACCUACCUUGUAUUAAUAUAUUGGAUUUUAUAAAGUCCCAUGAUUUUUGCAGUGCCCGAAUGUACUUAAGUAGGUAUAGUCUAAUACAAACCAAAGUGAAGUGUUUAUUUAGUCGAGUGUCAAACGCUUUAUUUAUUUAGUUUAGAAUAGAUUUAUUAACUAAUCAUUUAUUAAGUAAGUGUAUUAUGCUUAGUUUUGAUCUUAUGUUAAGAUAGUAUCUGAAUUUCAUUACCAUUUUGUAAUAUUACCGUUACCAUGUUUUAUUUACGGAUUGGUCUGUUACCAUUCUUAGUGAUGUGAAGAUAUUACCAGGUCUAAUCGUAUAGCUUUUCUCUUAUGCAUUGUAUUGUUCACUAAAUGUAACAUUUAAAAUUUAGUGGAAGUCAUAAAAGAACAAGUGAUUUCAUAAUAAUUAAAACAAAUUAAUCUUUGUAUUUUAAAGAUAUACGUAGAUAUGUGUAUAUAGAUUGAGGUUUAUAUAUGAAUUAUAAAUUAGUUAAACAAAUAGCUACCUAAAAUUCCUUAGACUUCACAGGGAUAUAUCUUUUAUUCACCCACUUGCUUAACCGGGAUGUGAAAUUAUAAUAUAUUAUGCUUAUUGUAAUGAAACACCCCGUAAAACGAACUACUGACUUGUAAAUAUAGAUAUGAGUAUAUUUAAACUCGACCAAUACUACAAAUACUUAUUUCUAACGAAAAAGUACAUCUAAUCAAUUGCUUGAAAAUGCAAUAAGCAAUUGCUAUUUAAACACCAAUUUUAAAUAGCGUACUGUAGGUACAAGCACUGUUUUUAAAUGUUAAUUAAUAUUAGUACGACUUUGAGUGAUCACGUAGGUAAUUGCUUUAUUUUUGAGUUAAUGCAUUUAACUAGUACCUAUCUAUAGUUGUAAGAGUUUGUUCAUAUGUAUGUUAAAGAGUUAAACAUGUUACAAUUGAAUGCUGGACACGAUUUGAGGCUAUUAUAAUUACCUUGAGACCGAAUAUCUCAGCAAAAAUGUUACGUUCCUUUAUUUAUAUAGGUAUAUGUAGGUGAUAUCUAUUAUGAACAAGAUAUUGUCAUACUUUAAAAAGAAACAUUUACCUAUUCUGCAAAUAAAACCACGCAUAAAUAACUCUAUCUCGAAAUAAACAUAAAAUCUAUUUAAAUAUCACUAACAUAAAAAAAUAUUUUUAUGUCUGUUGAUAAAACAAUAUAGAGUUAUUAGAGUACCUACUUAUAUGUUUUUUCUUUACGUACUAUACAUACCGACAGUGAUACAUUUAGUUAUUCACAGUCGUGUAGGAAAAUUUAAGGAAAUUUUAAUGUCCCCUUUUUAUAUGUAUGAUACCUAAAAACUGAUAGCUACUAGCUAUUUGAAGAACUGGUAAGCGUAAGUAAAUUUAAUUAAAGUGCAAAUGAGGAUUUAACGGCUAGAACACCAAAGAAUUCUAACUAUGUUUUUCUAUACCAUGAUAUACUAGAGAUUGUGACUAAUUGAACUUCAAAAAC